CAGAGAUCAUGUCGCAUCGUCUCAUCCGCCGCACUGCUCUCCUCGGUCUGAGCCUGCUGUCGAUUUCAGCCCGCGUCCUCGCACAAGCACAUCCAUAUCCACGACAGCUAACGAAUCUGAACCCAAGCAUCUGCAAACCGCAACUGGCAUCAUACUCCUCCAUACCCUACAAUCACCACCCAACCUCCACCAUGACCGAACCAUCCAACACACCAGAGAACAAAACCGAACCCCCAAACUCCACAUCUACAUCUACAUCCACCCCACUCGCUCUCCCAGAAGCUUCGUCCUCUUCCUCCGCGGACACAAACAAACUCGAUCUAAGCUCGGGCAGUUCCAGCGUGAAACUCGACCAUCUGGGCCCCCUAGUUGUCAACCAGGAUGGAAGUCUCUCCCGCAUUGCGAAUUGGGAGCAGAUGACGGAGAUUGAGAAGAAGAAUACACUGCGCGUGCUGGGGAAGAGGAAUCAGUUGAGGAUGGCUCAGUUGAGGGGCACUUCGGAUACUACUGAUGGUAAAGAGAAGUGAGGGGUUUUUUUUCUUUCUUUCUUUCUCAAUUGGAUUUAUUCUGGCGCACUGGUGUAUUUUUACAGCUAUAGAUACAUCCUACAUAAUCAUUGCAUAGCAUGGCUUUCUGUUAUUCUUCUGUCACAGCAAGAGAAUCAGACCUCGGCACUACCGGACAUGCUCUUCUCUUGAUCAAGGAAUUGUAUUCCCCCUGACAUUACACUAAGUAGUGAUCCCUCCAAUAUAGCAGAAUAAUAAAUCAAGCAUGUCAUUUGAUUAGGUGGCAGAACAAUAUCAUGCACCAAAAUAAUACAUCAUCGUCGGCCCUUCCGCGGUACUACCCCGCGU